AUGAAGAGGAGCCAGCAGAUUGACAUCAAGCGCACCCUGGCUCUGUCCGGCGCCUUCAGCUUCCUGUGCUCCUGCUCCCAGGCCUGCCUCCUCCCUUUCCUGACCCUCUACUUCCGGGAACUGGGCCUGACCCCGGCCAUGGCGGGCGUGGUGAUGGGCGCCCGCCGCUUUCUGGGGCUGGCGUGGAGCCCCGCCGCCGGCCUGCUCGCCGCCCGCUACCGCAAGAGGCGGGCGGUCAUCGUCUGCUCCCUGCUGCUGUCUGCCGCCGUGGCCCUCCUCCUGCUGCUCCUGCCGCCCGUGGACGGGCCGGCGGGGGGCCGGCCAUGCGGCCCCGCGGGGCAGGGUCCGGUUCCCAGCCGGGGCCCGACCCCAACCGGCGCCGGGAGUGACCCUUCCACCGCCUGGACGAACCCAACGGCUCCAUCGGCUCCCUCGGCCGCCACUUCCGAAGGGCCCACCAACAUGGGAUUGGCCCCCACCGACAUGGGGUCAGUCCCCGCUGCGACCGGUGGCUCCCCGCCUCCCCCAGUGGACGAGACGGCGGCUGUAAGGAUGACCAGCUCAUCGGCGGCGAGCCCUGCGGCGAGAAACGUGAGGUCAGGGUCCCUGCCGGAGGGGGAGGGGGGGGCAGGCCUGGGCCUGGGCUUCCUGGGCAGCCUAAAAGAGAUGGACACCCACACCCAGCUCUUCCUGACCGUCCUGGUCAUCGCGUCGGUCUGGGAGUGCUUCUCGGCCCCCCUGGAGCGGGCGGCGGACGACGGCCUGUUCGAGUACCUGGACCAGGCGGACGCCUCGGACCGCCACGCCUCGGCGGGCCCCCGGGGGCCGUGGGGCCUGCUGGGCGCAGCCCGGUCCGGCGGGCCGCUGAAGGCCCUGCGGCUGGUGGCCAGCUGCCCCCGCGCCCGGCUGGCCGCCGUCACCGCCGUGGCGGCGGGGGCGGCCCGCGCCGCCGCCGAGGACUUCCUCCUGUGGCAGAUGCAGGACCACGGGAGCGGUCAGCUGCACAUGGGCCUGGCCCUGGCCCUGGCCGCGCUCUCCCAGGCCGCCUACCCGCUGCUGUCCGGCCGGCUGGCCCGGCUGCUGGGCCCCGGCCGCGUGCUGGUGGCGGGCGCCGCCGGCCUGGCGCUGCAGAGCUUCUACUACUCCUUCCUGUGGGGGCCCUGGGCCGCCCUGCCCGCCCAGCCGCUGACCUGCCUCGGCGCCGGCGCCGUCUGGUGGGCGCUGGGCGUCCAGAGCGAGGACGUGGCCGCGCCGGGGGCCGAGAGGAGCGUCCGGCGGCUGUACGGCGCCCUGUCCCGGGGCCUGGGCGGCGGGCUGGGCAGCCUGGGCGGCGGGCUGGUGGCGCAGCGCUUCGGCCUGGCGUGGCUGUUCAGGGGGGUGGGCGUGGCCCUGAUGGCGUGGUGCGCCUGCCUGCCCCUGCUCCAGUGGCGGGCGCCGCUCCGGCGCCGGGUCAACUACUCCCGCCUGCUGGCCGCCGACGGCAGCGAGGCCAGCGACUCCGGGUCCGAGCAGGAGAGGGACUGGCUGGACAGAGCCAUGGACGAGGACUGCCGCCAGCACGCCAACGGGAAGACGCCGGGCGCCCGGGUUCCUCCCGGGUCCGGAUUCUAG